GAAGAAAAGCUUGGUCAAGCAGAGAAGACUGAACUGGAUGCUCACCUGGAAAACCUCCUCAGCAAAGCAGAAUGCACUAAAUCGUGGACAGAAAAAAUAAUGAAACAAACAGAAGUAUUAUUGCAGCCAAAUCCAAAUGCCAGAAUAGAAGAAUUUGUCUAUGAGAAGCUGGACCGCAAAGCACCAAGUCGCAUGAAUAAUCCAGAGUUACUAGGCCAGUAUAUGAUUGAUGCUGGGAAUGAAUUUGGCCCAGGAACAGCCUAUGGUAAUGCACUCAUUAAAUGUGGUGAAACACAAAAGCGGAUUGGGACAGCAGACAGAGAACUAAUUCAAACUUCUGCUAUAAACUUUCUUACUCCCUUAAGAAACUUUAUUGAAGGAGACUACAAAACUAUUACUAAAGAACGUAAACUAUUGCAAAAUAAAAGACUAGAUUUGGAUGCAGCAAAAACCAGAUUGAAGAAGGCAAAAGUUGCAGAAGCUCGAGCUGCAUCGGAACAGGAAGUGCGAAUUACCCAGAGUGAGUUUGACCGUCAGGCAGAGAUUACCAGACUUCUGCUGGAAGGAAUCAGCAGCACGCACGCACAUCAUCUUCGCUGUCUGAACGAUUUUGUUGAAGCUCAGAUGACCUAUUAUGCACAAUGUUACCAAUAUAUGUUGGAUCUCCAGAAACAGCUGGGAAGAAGUGUGGGAGCUUUCUUUCCAUCUACUUUCCUCUCUAACAAUAAUCAGUCUUCCUCAACUCCUGUGCAGAGUGUUUCUACUCCCUCAGCCUUGGCCUCGGCCUCUGCUUCGUUGCCUUCCAUAAGCAGUUCAGUAGUUUCUUCAGGCAUCAGUGAACUGAAGUCAUCAAGUGGCAGCAGGAAAGCGAGAGUUCUCUAUGAUUACGAUGCUGCAAACAGCAGUGAAUUAUCACUACUUGCAGAUGAGGUGAUAACAGUGUACAGUAUCCCUGGCAUGGAUUCAGACUGGCUGAUGGGCGAAAGGGGAAAUCAGAAAGGCAAAGUGCCUAUUACCUACUUAGAACUGCUAAACUAGAUGGUUGGCCUGAUAAAAGACUGUCAGUUAUGGUGACAACAUAUUUAUAUACAGUUAAUGCUAUGUAAGCAGGUUUAAGUGUCUUCCAUGGACAAAUACCAGCCCUUACAGACUGGCUCUUCUGCCAGCAUGGUUGCAUGGUAAAUACUCUGUUCAAACUUAAUGUGUUUAAAGCUUUUACUUCAUGUGCCAAGAACAUGUUUCUUACAGGUUUGUUUCUACUGAAGUUUUCACUAAUACAAGCUUCUACUUUUGAGUAAUCUAGAUUGAGAGUAGAAGGCACUGUUUUCUACUGAAAUUUUUCAUUAAUGGCAAAGCUUUUCACACAAAAUAAACCUGUUGUGAACUGA